ACGGUUAAUAAAUUAUACUAUCUCGUAUGGAAUGGUCCUCUUUAUCUAUCGUAACAUAACCUGAUUGUAUUUUUAAUUGUAUCAUUUUGUAGUUGAUAGAAUAUAUAUUUUCAUGACAUUAUUAAAAUGAAUACAUAAAAGCAUUGCAGCCUAAGCGAACUGUCAAAAAACAUAUGUUUCGAUGGAUACCGAAGAUCAUGCAUUAGAUCUUAUUCGCCAGGACAUUGUAAAAAAUCAUCUUCAAGUUACAGCUUUGAUACAAGAUAUUCAACAAUGUAUUGGUCCUCUGGAACUGCUCAACGAAUUAAAUGCAGAAGGGAGAGGAAAAAUAGCAGCCUUAAAAUCAUCAAUAGAUAAAAUAACAUUAGCAGCAGAGAAAGAACUGUCUAAGAAGAAGAAAGCAGAAUUAUUAGCAGAAAUAGAUACUUAUAAACAGCAACUCAAUACUUCUUUAGCUGCAUUCCGUAAAGCCAAUGUUGUUAGUGUUUGUGUAAUAGAUAAACUUGCUAAAGAGGAACUACUUUCAAUGCCUGAAGAGCAACAAGCUGCUUUACGUAGAAGACAUGACAAGCAAAGUAUAGCAAACUCAUCAAGUCAGCUCUCUGAUAAACUUUUAAGUAUAUCUAGGCACUUAGCAGAAACAACACAAAGAAGUGCAGAUACAUUAGACACAUUAAUAACAUCAUCUGAUAAAGUUACUGGUACUAAGGAUGAAUUAGAACACCAACAACAAGUUAUAGUUCAAUCUGGAAAACUUUUAGGCAAAUAUGGUAGAAGAGAAGUUACUGAUAAAGCAUUAGUAGCAUUGUCCUUUGCAUUUUUCCUUGCUUGUGUGUUUUAUAUUUUACAAAAAAGACUGUUUUGAAAGUACAAACUAUUAUGGCAGAUAGAAAGCUGUUUUAUGGCACCAGCUGUACCAUUUUCAAGGCGCGCAUCUAAAAUUUAAAAGUUUAAUAAUAGGACUUACACAAUAUUAGGGUGAAAUGAAAGGAAACAAGAAAUGUAGCAACUGACGAAUUGGAACAUUGAUUGCAUUCUAAAUAAUAUACAGAGUAAUACUGUGAAGGAAUUUUUCUUGUCCACUCAAUUCACCAAAACUGAUUAAAUAUUACCAGCUGACUUUGGAUUGCAGAAUCCUGAAACCAGAAGGUACUAUAAGUAAGUGAGUCAGCUACCUUAAAUUAGAAAAUUACUUUUACCAUAUAUUAAGUUUUCUAUUUCAUGUUAGCUAAGCUGAAAGUAUAAUUGCGACAUUAUAUAAUUCGCUGUAUACAUUUUUACAAGUGCUCAUGAAUUCCUCUUGGGAUAUGACUCCGUCCUUAUCAAUAUCCAUCUUCUUGAAGAUCUUAUCCACGUGUCUGUCUAUCAUCCGUUGAAUAGUCUGCCCGUUAUGUAGCAUCUCAUAAAUCGCCGACACUAUGACCAACAUUUCUUUUCUCGUGAUAUAACCGUCCCCGUUCAAGUCGUAAAACCUAAUGAGAAAUAAGAGUAGAAAGUAACAAUAUUAUCGCGUCACGGACAAUGCAAUCUGACCGAACGAUCACCUGAAGAUCCAUGAGAGUUUCUGAUCCGUGUCACCAUUGGUGAUCAAGGAUAUUUCAGUGAGGAGAUCACUGAAACUUACGAUUCCGUCUCUGUCCCUAUCGAAAGCGUUAAAAACGAUCUGCGCGUAUUUAGACGGCUCUCCCAAUGGGAAUAAUUUUGCGUAAACUGGUUUCAAAUCGUUCGUUGUUACCGCUCCUCUCGGGCAAUGCUGUUUAAAAGCACGAUAAAGCUUUCGUAUUUCGUCCUUCGUGAAUCCCGUUUGGCGCGUUAAAGAGGAGAGCCGUUCCGGUACUAUGUACCGCGAUUGCUUCUCCUCGUCUUGAAUGUUCUCUACGAAAACGCAGUGAGCUUGAACACUCGUCGAAGUUUCUAAAAGUAUUGAAAAUAGUCUGAUACGAUAAUUUUUCCAUUUUUUUAUAGCGAUCAAUGAUAUUCGAAGAGGUAACUCGGGUAUCUGAGGGGUGGGGGAGACAUUAACAAGGGUACUUGUCAACUUGAAAAUCAAAUUCGCGCUAGAAAGUAUUGCUAUAACAAAUAGUAACUUAUCGUCGACAUACCAGUUAUCUUCUGAAUGCUCUUCUUCAUUUUUUUAAAACCUCGCUGCAUUCUUGAGGAGAGACUCGCUCGACCUUGGAUGUUCUGAUUACCCUUAUGAUUAUUGAAGCUAUCGGACAUUAUAUCGCGCACAGUUUCGAUCGUUAAAAAUUUCUACGACAUAAAAGAACGUUUUAAAUAUAGAAUAUAAUAAUUAUAUUUGUUCAUUUUAGAAUGAAGAAAAAAGACAAUUACGUUACUUAGACAUUGCCAUUUUUAACCAGUAGAUUUAGAAGAACAUAGAAAAAUUUAUGGGAAAAUUAAAAUAUAGAAUGUAGAGGCUUUCUCAGUCAGAAGUAAAACAGAACUGACGCGUGUGGUGCAGCUAACUUGUUCGAGCAGAUUCAAGGAAGCUGCUAUUCAAAAUAUUUAGACAAUUUACCGCGGCGGUAGUUUAGAAUCUGAAGGAUAAGCCUUUUUCAAACACAUUUCGGCUAAAAGUAAUUUUUAUUCCCUCCUCGAUUAUUUGCUUAUAUUUUUGUAGUAAAACGUUUAAGUACGGCCUAUUUAAUUUCUUUUACCGGCUAACCCGUUUCUUCAAAGACAAAGAAUUGCAUUAUUUACAGGGAACGAAUAUGAAUCGCUUAUGGCAUCCUAUUCUUCCGCUGGAUAUCUUAUUAUAGAAACUACUUCUUACUCAUGUGUUUUUCAUAUGCGUUUUCCUUCGGGAAUACUAAUAGACGAACGCACGAGUAAGGCACAGUUUAUUUCGCUUAACUCCCACGCAUUUAUUGCUCGAUUUAUGUAUGCGGAAUAUUUCAAAUUUCUCAAAGGGAGAUCCUAAGGAUAGAAAUUUCCGCUGGCUUAAAAUGUUACGUACGAAAGCGAGGAACACAUCGGGUCGCGUUUCAAAGCGUUAAAAAUGGACCGUAAUUGUCAACAGACAAUUGACGUAAUUAUAUCUAGUUCACCGUGACCUGAAUAUUCUUAUCGUUUGAUUAUAAUGCUCGUUGAAAAAUUUGACCUGACUAGCUGAUAAACGAGAAAACCAUUCGAGGAUCGCGAACCCUUUCGCGCAAAACCGUGAAGCGGACUUUCUCUGCCAAAUGCUAUUAAUAGUUCGUCAGUCUAGAAAUGUGCUAUUACGGUAAUAGGAAAUAGUAACAGCUAGUCAUAGCGAACCUUAAUAAGAACGAUUACCUGUUGGUUCUUUGCAGAAUAUCUGCUGAAAAUCUGUUUGAGGAUUAAUUGAUGCCUCAUCGGAGGCAAGCAGCGUACUGCAGCAUCAAAUACGCUCGUUACCGAUAAUUAAACUCAUGUUUGAUAUACGUGGAUGUCCAUAUAUACGCUUACAUAGAUUUUAAUUAAAAUGUUCUUCGGCCAAGAUUAAACUCGGGGUAAACAUUGAAUGAAAUAUCAGAACGACGGCCUUGACAUAAAAUUAUUACGAAUUGGGGUAAUUCGUAAUCAACAUUGUUAUUAAGCGUUACAUAGUACGAUUCCGUUUAUAUGAUUGACGCGAUAAGAGGAAUUUAAUAGCGAUGUUAAAUGAAUCUAAGUAGAAACUUUUACUGAAAUUUUGUGUUAAUUUAUAUGAAUGAAGAACACGCAAGUGCAGAAACGCAAUUGUUGCGCAUCAAUGUAUAUAAUAUAAUUGUAUCCUUUGAUACGUGUUUUCCUGAGAAAGAAUCUCUACGCGUAUAGAAUAUAAAAAAGGUAUGCCUUUUGAAUAUAAAACUUCCUUUGAUCCCUAUCAAACAAUGGGUUCAUAAGGACCUGAUGCAUUAUUGCAUAGGUAAAUGAAGCAAAAUGAUGAUAAUUAAUAAAUCAAUAUUGCUAUUUUCGAUUCCGGGGAAACCGACCGGGAAGUCUUAAGUUCGCAUUGUUAAGAAUAUAUCAAACAAUUGGAGAUAGAUACAUGUAUACACGUGUUUGCAUGUUCGACCAACACAUUUUUUCUGAAUGGCCAGGCCAGUAUAUAAAACAGGCGGUAAGCAUCCAGCAUCUCUCCAUUGCGAGUGUGUACUUGCUACUGUGAGUAACAGCUCAAAGUUUUCGUAAAUUCGGAAAAGAGAAACCAUGCGAAUAGCCAGUUAUUUGUACGAAAAGCAUUCGGUACCGGUUAAAAUGAUUACGGUCGAAUAUUGAAAGAAAGGUAACUUAAAGGAAGAAGUGUCAUCGACCAGUUUGUUCAGUCAGUGUGAAGUUCGAAAGUAAAAAAUACGAGACCGCCGAAUAUACAUGUAUGUCGCAACACCUUGUCAAUUAAGUCGUUUGUUUAGCAUGAAACUGUUCGUCAAUUUUAAAAAGUGAAACUUUCAAGACACUGUAUACAAAAUGAAAAUCUGGAUAUUAUUCUUAUUGUUGAUCGCUACCGUGUCUGGGGCACCGUGGCUCGACAUUCUUUUCGGGGGACAACCCGAUUAUAAUUAUCAGGUACCUAAUUACAAGAAUAAACAGUACAGACGGCGUCAAGGAAAGGGAGGAAAGGAACGAUGGAAGGAAAUUUGCCGGACGAUAAAUCCUGAUCCCUUCGCGUUUCCUGGUCGCGCUCCUUAUCCUUCCGGGCCGGUUUGUCCUUGGUAAUAGACCGUUAUAGAGGCUGAAUAAUUUGACAGUAAAAGUGCGUUAAAAAUAUGAAUUUAUUGUAACAAUAUCAGGGAAUACAAAGAUAUUCACUGGUUAUGAGUAUUUCAGUCGGUAUACAAGUUUCGCUAUUACACUAAUUACAUAAAAGUAUAUCUGCCAAUGUAAAUGAUGUAUCAAGGAUUAAGUUUCUUGAUGAUACAUUUUUGUACAGUGAUUGUAUUAUGUCCGCACAAUUACUCGUUGCUAUUUCACUCUAUUUAAAAUCGUCGUUAAUUUAUCGUUUCUUUUUUUAAAUAUAUUACAGUCAGCAAGCUCUUUCUUCGUUUCAUUUUUUUUUUCUUUUUGUCUUUUCUUAGGUAGAAAAAUAAAUCAUUUAUAUUACACAAAAAUCGCUGUAUUAAAGUAACUUAAGUUUUAAGUUCCGUUCAAGAAAUGCAAUGUGUCUCAUCAUUAUUAUGACUAUCGAUGAUCUUAAAUACCGUAUCUAUCUAUGUAUAGAUAUAUUACACAUUAUAUACAAAUAAAAAUCACAGAAUUACCGUAGCAGGUGAGUUCGUUCAUAAAAAAAAAAAUUCUCGAUGUCCGAUCAAAAUUCUUUCAUCGCCAGAAUAAAUCUGUGACGCGUUAGAAAAAUUUGUACACCGCGCGCAACUUUAAAACUAAACGCGACAGAAAAGAGAACAAUCAUUUCCAAACUUGUAUCAAUCCGUCCGUACUACCGGUAAGGAUACACGUGUUCGACAUAGCUACGGCGGAAAUCGUAUCGUGAUGCCCAGACGGUGGGGUUUCAGGACCCUGACCACCCUCUUCAGAAUUUCUUGUUCUCACGCUACUAUUUCCUCCUGACGAUGAAGCGGGGCCACCCCCGGCUAACACCUCUUGUACCACGUUUGUUCCAUCUAUCAAACGUUGUCUGGAAAAUAAAUACCAUGUAAUGAAUUAACGAUGCCUUUGAGAUAAACAUAUAUACGAUCACGAAUACUAACUCGUAUGCUAAUGAAUUCGGAGGAGUAACAUCAUUAGCAGCAGGCAGUGCAACGUAGGAUUCAUUGGGUGUAUUUAAAUCCCAAAAACGUAAUCUCAUAUCAGUACCACCAGCCAACAAAAAGCCUGAACGAUCAAUGCAUCCGGAAUACAUUGCGCAUACACUGUGACCACCUUGUGAAUGACUAAGAGGUGGUGCACUUGAUGCCCAAAGAACCAUUUGCCGAAAAUCAGUUUCAAGGUUCCACAUCGAAAUUUCGUUGUUACCUUGCACAGCCGAAAUUAUCCACGAAUGUUCUGUUGGAUGUGUUAUGACCUUUCGGACUCUUGCACCUGAGGUGAAAAAUGUUUUAUAAGAUCCAAUAAAUGUUUUACGUUA